CCGGAAACUAACACUAGCAAUAGAAGUGUGAAAGAAAAUAGAGUAGUAGAAGAGCAGCAAAGCAACACAGAUUUGCUUCCAUUUCAACUGAAAAUUCGUCUACAAAACCGACGAGAUAAGGGUUGAGCGGAUCGGAUCCAAGUAGAAUCGGGUUGGAAAGAGAGUGUAUGAUGGAUCAGGAAUCGGGUUGGGAAGAACUGAGGAAAGAAGCUCGUAAGAUCGAAGGCGAUCUUGAUGUUAAGCUCUCUUCUUAUGCUAAGCUCGGCGCUCGUGUCACUCAAGGAGGUUUUGCAGAUGCUGAAACACCAACAAUGGGCUCCAACCGCUCAUGGAAGUCAAUGGAGAUGGAAAUCCAGUCAUUACUUGAGAAGUUGUUGGAUGUGAAUGAUUCCAUGAGUAGAUGUGCUGCAUCUGCAGCACCUACCACUUCAGUUACACAGAAGCUUGCAAGACACAGGGAUAUACUUCAUGAAUUUAGCCAGGAAUUCAGACGAAUCAAAGGAAACAUAAGUGCAAUGACAGAGCAUGCUGAGCUUCUAAGUUCUGUAAGAGACGAUAUCAGUGAAUACAAGGCAUCUGGGAGCAUGUCACCAAGAAUGCAGAUACUGAGGGAAAGAGCUGCUAUCCAUGGAAGCAUAUCACAUAUGGAUGAUGUGAUAACUCAGGCUCAAACAACAAGAGCAGCUUUGGGGUCUCAAAGGGCCAUGUUUGGUGAUGUUCAAGGGAAAGUUAAACAACUAAGUGACAAGUUCCCCAUAGUUCGGGGACUAAUCGGGUCUAUUAGAAGGAAGAAAUCAAGGGAUACUCUCAUUCUAUCUGCUGUCAUUGCGGCUUCUUGGAAUAGGAAAUCAGGACUAGAUAACCAUAAAGUUGGAACUCUAUACAAUAUUGUUGUCCAAAAGUGUCAAGAUUUAAUGAACCAAAGGCAAUCCAUAACAUAUGCUUUUGAGAAACAUACCACUUUACAAGAAAAAGAAUAUCGUACCCAUUUGAAUGCUUCAAUUGAUUGUGUUAGAUUCCUAUUGCAUCAAGGAUUAGCAUUUCGUGGUCAUGAGGAGAAGGACGACUCAGAUAAUAAAGACGAGUCACGUGAUGUUUCUUGUAAAGAACAAUUGACAUUAGUAUUAAUGUUUGUAAAUAAAAAGGGGGAAGUUGUAGAAAGGUUUGUUGGCCUUAGACAUGUUAGUGACACUUCAGCAUUGACACUAAAGGCUACCAUUUAUGAUAUGCUCUCAAAGUGGAAUUUGAGUCCUACUAGCAUUAAAGGGAAAGACUAUGGUGGUGUUAAUAACAUGAGUGGUGCAUUUAAUAGAUUGAAGACUUUGAUUAUGAAUGAAACAAAAUCUGCAUACUUUAUUCAUUGUUUUACUCACCAGUUAUAG